AGCAACAUCUCCGUGACACGGAUUUAAUAGCGAUUUCUAGCUUUACGAAGGUGUGUGAGUGUGUGCGUGUGUCCCUUGGUACGUGUGUGCUUCUGGAGAUUUUUGAUUUAUUUUGUGUACAAAGCCUAAUUUCGUGCUCCAGCUAAAAGGACGAGCUGAGAGGAAUGAUGUUGAAAAGCGCUCUCCAAGUGGGUUCCGUCCCAUACUUGGAACGGAAUACCAAGCAAUAACGCAGUCUCUGAAAUUGAUGAAAAAAAGGAAGAAAACACCCCGCACGUUUAGCUGAUUAUACGUCUUGAUUUAAGAGGAAAAACUAUUCCAUUCACAAGCAAUUGGAUGAGAGUCAUAUUUGCCCCUGGCAACUGAAGAUGACGUUACAAUGGAAAUGGCUAGUGCUGCUAUCAAUCACUGGCUGCCUUGCAGCUUAUGCAGAAGAUGCACUAUUUCAUGGGCCAAGAUGGAGAACAGAGCCCAGUGACCUGAUUCUCCCCAUGCAGUCCCCAAAGCAAGAGGCUGUCCUAACAUGCGAGGCCUUGGGCAUCCCUCUUCCACAGUACAGAUGGUCUCUGAACGGGACACUCAUUGAUCUCGACGGUGACGAGAGGCGUCAUGUGUCUGGAGGGAACCUGAUUAUCAACACAUUGGAUAGAGACCAAGAUGGAGGCAUUUACCAGUGUUCUGCCUCCAAUGCCCGGGGAACCAUUCUAAGUCAUAGAGCCACCCUGCAGUUUGCAUAUCUAGAGAACUUCAAAACCCAGACAAGAAGUGCUGUUAAUGUAAGAGAAGGCCAAGGUGUUGUUCUGUUAUGUGGAACCCCACUGCAUUCUGGAGAACUUACGUUCGCCUGGGUCUUCAACGAGUACCCGAACUUUGUCCAGCAAGACAGCAGGCGCUUUGUGUCCCAGGAGACUGGAAACCUUUACAUUGCAAAAGUUGAACCAUCUGAUGUGGGCAACUACACAUGUGUCAUUAACAACAGCAUCACCAAGGAUAAAGUGCUCAGUUCACCCACUCCUCUGGUGCUGAGAAAUGAUGGUGCAAUGGGAGAAUACGAACCCAAAAUAGAAGUUCAUUUCCCAGACACUGUGCCUGCCGCGAAAGGAUCGUCUGUGAAACUAGAGUGCUUUGCCCUGGGGAACCCAGUUCCAAAAAUCAGUUGGAGAAGAACCAAUGAUGUACCAUUUCCAAGUAAAGUCAAAUUGAGUAACUCCAAUGCUGUUCUGGAGAUCCCCAGAUUCCAGCAGGAGGACACGGGGACAUACGAGUGUGUGGCAGAGAACAGUCGGGGAAAGAAUGCAGCAAAAGGCCGCCUUUCUUUUCAUGCAAAGCCUCAUUGGCUGCAGAUCAUAACAGCCACAGCCUUGUCGAUUGAGGAGAACUUAUUUUGGGAGUGCAAAGCCAAUGGGAAGCCCAAACCAUCAUACAACUGGCUGAAGAAUGGAGAAACACUUAUAUCUGAGGGCCGGGUGCUCAUAGAGAAUGGCGCUCUUACCAUCUCCUCACUGACUCUGUCUGAUGGUGGCAUGUAUCAGUGUGUGGCAGAGAACAAGCAUGGCGUCAUUUAUGCCAGUGCUGAAUUAGUGGUAUUAGCGUCACCACCCAGUUUUUCCAAGAGCUCCUUGAGGAGCGUGCUGAAAGUUCGUGCUGGCACAGAGGUGAUUUUGGAUUGCAGACCACAGGCUUCACCCAAAGCCAUCAGCUUGUGGAAAAGAGGGAAUGAGAUGAUCCAGAAAAAUGAAAGAUUCUCUGUCUUCCCCAACGGAACACUAAAGAUUGCCAAUGUGACUAAGCAAGACGGGGGCAUUUACACAUGCAUUGCCAGAAACCAGUUUGGCAGUGCAAGUACGGCAGGCCGCCUGCUGAUCACGGAGCCAAGCAGGAUCACACAAGGACCCAGCAGCAUGGAGAUUAUGGUGGGCGAGAGCAUCGUGUUACCCUGCCAGGUAACUGUGGAUCCAGCUCUGGACGUGAGCUUCUCCUGGGCCUUUAAUGGCCAGCUUAUCGACUUCGAGCACGACUCAGAGCACUUUGAGAGAGUUGGCGGAAAGUUUGCUGGGGACCUCAUGAUUCGAAAUAUUCAGCUCAACCAUGCUGGGAAGUAUGUCUGUAUUAUUGAUACAGAUGUGGAGAGCUUGUCUGUGGAUGCAGUCCUGAUUGUGGAAGGUCCACCCGGUCCCCCUGACAGUGUGAUGGUGGAAGAGAUUACAGAUAGCACAGCACAGCUCUCAUGGAGCCAAGGCAGAGACAAUGGCAGCCCCAUCACUGGCUAUGUCAUCCAGGCCAGAACACCCUUCACCGUGGGCUGGCAGGCUGUGGACACAGUUCCGGAGGUCAUCAGUGGCAACACACUGACUGCUACGGUGGUAGAUCUGAAUGCCUGGGUAGAGUACGAGUUCAGGGUGUUGGCCAGCAACAGUGUGGGAAUGGGAGAACCAAGCCCUCCUUCUAUGAAAACCAGGACUGAAGAUGCUAUUCCUGAUACAGCGCCCACUGAUGUAGGAGGAGGGGGAGGCACCAAGUCAGAAUUAGUAAUAACAUGGGAGCCAGUCCCAGAAGAGCUACAGAAUGGAGAAGGCUUUGGUUAUAUCAUUGCUUUCCGACCUAAGGGUACAGCCACCUGGACCCGGGCAGUGAUAUCCUCACCCAUCGUGGCACGAUAUGUUUACCGCAACGACACACUUCCACCUUUCUCACCUUUUGAUGUCAAAGUGGGUUCUUUUAAUAACCGUGGGGAAGGACCCUUCAGCUCCAUUGUUGCUGUGUUUUCAGCAGAGGAAGUGCCGAGCAUAACACCUGAGAAAGUUAUGGCUAAAAGCCUCACCUCCUCUGACAUCGAAGUCAGCUGGGACGCCGUACAGACAAGUCCUGAGAGAGUGCUCGGCUAUGAGGUGGUGUACUGGGAAGAUGACACAAAGCCGGAAACUGUAGGUAAAGUGAGAAUCAGCAACUCCACUGCGGUCAAUGUUAGUGGUCUUCAGGGCAACACACUAUACUAUCUAGCUGUGUGUGCCUUCAAUACUGCGGGAAGCAGCCCUCAGUCUCACCCUGUUAAUGCUACCACCAAGAAACCACCUCCAGGGCAGCCACCGCAAAAUGUGGAGUGGACUCUGAUAGGCUCACAGCUUACAUUGCAGUGGGACCCAGUCAUAGCUUUGGAUACUGAGUCUGAGGUCACUGGAUAUGUGGUAAUGUACAGGCGCCACCGCAAUAAUGACAUGUACACAGUGACCACCAACAAAACCACAGUGGAGCUGACGCUCUCUCCCAAUGAUAACUAUGUCAUUCAGAUUAAGAGCCUGAGCGAGGGUGGCCUUGGGGAAGGAAGUGAACCCAUUCAUAUUCACCAACUUAGUAUGGGAGCCCAAGGCUCUGGAAUUGAAAGACCAGACACCCACACGCUCUCUCGUCUCCUCAUAACUGCACUAGUGGCCCUUAAUGCCUCUUGAAGGUUUUUUUUUUUUUUUUCUCGUGAGCAGCAUCCCAACCUGACACCAAUCUCUCUCUCUCUCUCUCUCUCUCUCUCUCUCUUACACACACACAGACACAAAGUUCAUGCUCUUAACCCAUCCCUUGUUAUUACCACCCAUCUCUGUCUGGCUUAAUAGGAUUGCCCCGUAUAUGUGUGUCACUGACACUGCAGGAUAUUGGAAUGUCAAACAAAUAAUGAAAGGAUUUGUCAAGAUGGAAACAUGUCAGAAUAACACAGAAAAGUGAUCACCACUGGUGGAAUGAUGACUUAGUUGUUAUGCAUGAUCAUACAGGAGAUGACUGAUUUGAGUUUGAUGGCACAGAUGUACAUUCUUCUCUCUCUCUCUCUCUCUCUCUCUCUCUCUCUCUCUCUCCCUGCUUCUUUUAUGUUAACCUCCUCCACAUUUUGGUUCUUAAAAGCAAUCAAUGCCUUAAGGCCAUUUACAUACCAAAGUGAACAACAAAAUAGAUCAGAGAGAGUUGUUUCAGCCUCUAAUCUAGUACACAUAGUUUUCAGGCAUCAGGGUCAUCUGUGGUUAUUUUCUGCUAUGAAUAAUUCGAUUGUUCUAUGUUUAAUGUCAUUUCUUCCCUUUGUGAGACUUUUUAUUACUUUUGAAAAUGUAAAUGUAUUUGGCCAUGUUUGGAGAUUUUAUUCAAGGCAGAAAUUACUUUUAUUGUUUUUCCUUAUUUUAUGCACACACACUCACACACAGGCACACGCACACAAACAAGCAAAUGUGGUCACGUAGUCUUUAUUUAAAAUCACUCAGUAGGCUCUUCUUUUUAGCUCUGCUGUAUAUAUAAAUUAAUCUGUAACAAGAACCGCAGUUGUAACUGAGUGAUCUGCUCAAUAGAAGGUGUGCAGAAAUACUGAUGAUAGAAGUCACCUUAAACCUUCAAUCUGAUUUGUGUUCUCUUUUUGUGUUAUCGUUUGUGUAAAGAAGCCAUGGUUCUUUGCAAAUGGAAAGCUAGAUUAUAAAACAGUCUUAUCGUCUUUAAUUUUUUUACAUUUAUUUAUUUUUAAUCCAAAAUCUGCCACAUUCCCAUUACUCCAUUGUGGACUGUUAUUAGUUCACUAAGAGGUCUGUCAGUUCCUGAGCAAGAGAAAUGGCUCUUCUGGCCCUUUGAUGGGAUAAAGCAUUUUGUUCUUUUUCCUCAAGCUUGUUAAAUAAUGGAUGGCUCAUGCAUUAGACAUUCUGCAGAGUUAAGGCCAGAAUAUGCGAUAUACUUGUUAAGUGGCAGUGUAGACUUCAUAAGCAAUUUCCUCUCCAGCUUUAUAUAUGCUACCAGUCCUGCUAUAUUCACUGUUAUCCAACCUGGGAUUCAAAAGUAGGUUAAUGAAAUUGGUAACCUAUUGGUUCAGUUCUGUAUAAGAGCAUUGAAUAAACCUAGUGCCUUGAUGAAUGCCAACCUAUUGGAUUUCCUGCAAGAAAGGACACAUCUGCAAAUUCUUUUUUAGUUCUAUAUUAUGUAAUUCAGCUUAAAGCAAGGUAUGGAACUACAUGAAUGGGCUUGAAUGGGAUUCAUGUUAAACAUCUUAUAGCUAUAAAGGCAUUUUUAACAGAUUUCAUGGAGACUAAAAGCCGUAUGAUGGCAGAGACAAUACUAAAAACAAGAUUUGCCACAUAUUGUGUGAAAUUGCUCAAAAGAUUAUUCUGAUUCCAUAAUCAUAGUACUCUGCAGGUAAUGCAGUCAAAUGCAUUCAAAAGCCUACAAAGAUAUUUAUAUUGUGCCAAAAUAUAAACCGCAGAAAUGAAUAGGUUUAAUUGGGUUUAAUUUAAAUUACAGAUCUAAUCAUAGUUCUUGUCGAAAGGAAUCUUGUUAGCGAAAGUGUUUGCUAAUAUUAAGUGGUUCACUGAUAAUUGCAUAAGCAUUUACUGUUUAGGUGCAUAUUGAGCUCAGCAUAGUCAUGUAGCAGGUACAUUGAAUAUGGACAAAUUUAUCUGAUAGUUUAUAUUUGUAUCAUUUUCAUAUGUUUUACCGUUGUUAAAAGGGGUUCGUUUAAUGAUUUAUACAUUUUUUUUUUUAUUUUCACAUUUUAUGUAUUAUUAUUAGUAGUAGUAUUUAUAGUGUUAUUAUUAUUUCUGUGUGUGUGUGUGUGUGUG